AUGGUACACAUAUCCAAUCUCCUUUUAGCGGCAUUGCCUGCUGUGUUCGCCCUCCCUUCAGCGUCUCAGCAUGAUCUUGAGAGCAGAGCCGCAGAUGUUGCUCAGACUGAGGCUCACUGGGCAAACCAAGCCUCAGCCCAAGGCCGUCAUUUCUGCUACAUAAAACCAGACGCCAACGGUGGCGAUGAUGCCCCAGCUAUUAUGGAUGCGCUCAAUAACAAAUGCAACUCCAAGGCCCUUGUCAUAUUCCCCGGCCCGGUGUAUAACAUACAAACAAAUAUGACAACUUUGGAUCUUCACGAUGUGGUCAUCAAUCAAUUUGGCCGCAUGCUCUGGAGCACCGACAUCGAUUACUGGCUUUCGGUAUCGAUGCCGGUUGGCUUCCAAAACCAGAGCACCGUUUGGUACUUUGGAGGCCACAACGUGGUUUGGGAUGGCUGGGGUGUCGGUACUCUGGACGGCAAUGGCCAGGUAUGGUAUGACUGGGCUCAGAGCCAAGGAAACCUGGCUCAUAGGCCGAUGCAAAUCAACUUCCGCACUCUCACAAACUCCGUCAUCAAAAGGAUGCGCUUUGUUCAAAGUCAGAUGUGGACAAUGGCCAUCACUUACUCCCAAUACGUGGAUUUGGAUGACAUCUAUGUCAACAGCACCUCGACAAGCCAAUGGAGCACCCUGAAUACCGAUGGCUGCGAUACUAUCUAUUCGGAUAGCAUAACAUUCAGAAGAUGGACCAUUUCGAAUGGUGACGAUGCCAUUGCACUCAAGAUGAACUCCAGCAAUAUUGCCGUCUACGACAGCUACUUUGAGAAUGGACAGGGCAUUGCCAUAGGCUCCAUGGGCCAAUACAACCAUGAAUAUGAACACCUUGAGAACUUUUACGCCAGAAAUAUUACUCUCAAGAACACGGCUCACGUCUCUUAUCUGAAGACAUGGGCCGGUAUCUCAAGAGGCUAUCCUCCCAACGGCGGUGGCGGCGGGCUCGGCGUGGCGCGAAACAUCACGAUUGAAGAUGUGAAGCUGAUUGGCGGAAGACAACAGCCAUUAUUCGCCUGGCAAUGCGAGAACUAUUCUGGAUUCUCUGGACAGGACUGUGACUCUUCCUUGUUCAAGAUGGAGGACAUUACAUGGAGAAACAUCCAAGGAACCGUGGGACCUGGAGUGACGGAGGCAGUCUAUCUCCAAUGCAGCGCGGCUGCUGGAGGCUGCGAUAACGUCGCAGUAGAAAACUUUGACGUUGUCGUCGCGAGCACUGGCAAGCCGCUGACUGUUUGGGACUGCUUCAAUGUCAAUGCUCCCAUCGGAUUCACAUGCACAGAAUCGGUAACCCCGAAACUGAGUCCUGAUUUGACUGGUGGUCACGGCCCCGAUAACUGA